AUGUUCCGGAGGGCAUCCCGUCGACUGCCCCGUCGCCUGCCCCGUCGCCUCCCCACGACUGCUGGCAGUCUGUCACCAUCCCGCGCAGCAGCUCUGCGGUCCUUCACGUACUCAUCCCUCCGAAUGUCGUCGCCCUCUCAGCUUCGCCCGGUACAGCCUCCUGUGUCGACAUCGCUUCCGGCUGACUCGUUCCAGCUGCUGUCGACCGCCGCGAAAGCCGGAGCUGCCGAGGACGCUCUUUUCGAGCAGCAGGUGAAGGAUGUCGAGGCGUGGUGGCAGACCCCACGGUACGAAGGGAUUAAGCGGCCCUACACGGCUAGGGAUAUCGUGAGCAAGCGUGGUUCCCUGCAGCAGUCGUAUCCGAGCUCGUUGAUGGCAAGGAAGCUGUUCAAUUUGCUGAAUGAGCGUGCCGCGGAGGGGAAGCCGGUUCAUACCAUGGGUGCUAUCGAUCCCGUGCAGAUGACGCAGCAAGCUCCCAACCAGGAAGUGCUGUACAUCUCCGGCUGGGCCUGUUCGUCGCUGCUGACCACCACCAACGAGGUCUCUGCCGAUUUCGGCGAUUAUCCGUAUAACACUGUGCCGAACCAGGUUCAGCGGUUGUUCAAGGCGCAGCAGCUGCAUGAUCGGAAGCACUGGGAUGCGAGACAAAGGUUGACUCCCGAGGAGCGGAAGGGGACUCCCUACGUCGACUAUCUACGGCCUAUUGUCGCGGACGGAGAUACCGGACACGGCGGCUUGUCGGCAGUUCUCAAGCUCGCCAAGCUCUUCGCAGAGAAUGGUGCUGCGGCCGUCCACUUCGAGGAUCAGAUGCAUGGUGGAAAGAAGUGCGGCCAUCUCGCAGGCAAGGUGCUCGUCCCUGUAGGCGAGCAUAUCAACCGCUUGGUUGCUGCUCGUUUCCAGUGGGAUCUAAUGGGCUCUGAGAACCUCCUUAUUGCUCGGACCGACUCGGAAAGCGGGAAAUUGCUGAGCAGUGCUAUCGACGUUCGUGACCAUGAGUUUAUCCUGGGCGUCACCGAGGACAUUGAGCCUCUUGCCGAGACGCUCCAGGCGAUGGAGAAAGAAGGCGUUCCUACAGAAGAGAUCAACGCGUACGAAUUGAACUUUGUAAAGACGCAUAAACUGGUCACCUUUGACGAAGCCGUCGACGCACAUCUUGAGAAAGAGGGUGCAUCUCCCGCCGUCCGAGAGGCAUACAGGAAGAAGGUCCAGGAGAACCCGGACCUGGCCCUUUCCCGCCGCAGAGAAUUGGCAAACGACUACACCAAGACCCCCGUCUUCUGGUCGUGGGAUAUCCCCCGUACAAGGGAAGGCUACUACCACUACCGCGCCGGCUUCCCAGCUGCGACCAAACGCGCCAAGGAAUUCGCCCCCUACGCCGACCUCCUCUGGGUUGAAACCGGUGACCCGAACGUCGAGAAGGCAGCUACCCUCGCUAGGAACGUGCGGUCGGCAUUCCCGGGCAAGAAACUGGUCUACAACCUCUCUCCGUCAUUCAACUGGAUGGGGCAGGGCUUCGACGAGGCGUCGUUGAAGUCGUUUGUUUGGGAUCUCGCCAAGGAAGGAUUCGUCCUCCAACUCAUCUCGCUCGCCGGUCUUCACAGCAACGCCACGAUAACGACGGAGCUUUCCCGCGCGUUCAAGGAAGAGGGCAUGCUUGCCUACGUCCGUCUCAUCCAGUCCCGCGAGAAGGAACUCGGCGUCGACGUCCUCACGCACCAGAAGUGGAGCGGGGCGCCGUACAUCGAUGGCAUUCUGGGGGCAAUCCAGAGCGGUAGCAGCAGCAGCAAGAGUAUGGGAGAGGGCAACACGGAAAAGGGUUUCUAA